UGGAAUUGCAUUUGUUGCAAACUUGUAAAUAUGCAAUUGAUUUUGCAAUUGCAAACACCCAUACCAUGUCAUUUUGCAAUUGAGAAUGGAAUACUAAUGUGACGCUAUGAAUCAUUGAAGAGAAUAGGCACCGAAUUUAUGUGAUAGCCCAUACUAACGGCCCAAUAAAAAUAUUUAAUUGGGCUUUGUUCAGGGGUAGCCCAUAAAUUAGCAUUUUAUCCGGAAACGGGGAAAUAAAUAAGCGAGAGCCGAGAAGACAGAACUCAAAAACCUAUAAAAAAUCACUCUCGGAGAGAACUUGCAGCAAAGAGCAAACACUGCACGGGGACGGGAGUUCCAGUGAGCGAUCGCCGGCGAAAUUGAAAGGGAAAAGAGGAGAACAAGGAGAGAGGAGAACUAGUGCUCAUCGGGAAUGGCGUCAUCGUCGAGCAGCGGGCUGACUUUCAAGCUUCAUCCGCUGGUGAUGGUCAAUAUUUCGGAUCACUACACCCGCGUCAAGUCGCAGAUGAACCCUCCGGUUACGAGCACAAGCUGCUCGAACACCAACGGCAACGGAAACGGCGAAGGAGGCGAUUCCGCGGCCGUGAAGGCGCCACCGCCACCGCCGAGAGUGUACGGAUGCGUGAUCGGAGUUCAGAGGGGACGAACCGUGGAGAUCUUCAACAGCUUCGAGCUUCUCUACGACUCCGCCACUGAUUCCCUCGACCGUGCUUUCCUCUUGAAGAAGCAGGAGCUCUAUAAGAAGGUUUUCCCGAACUUCUACGUACUGGGAUGGUAUUCCACUGGCAGUGAUGCGGAAGAAUCUGAUAUGCACAUCCAUAAAGCUUUGAUGGAUAUCAAUGAAAGUCCUGUAUAUGUCCUACUGAAUCCCGCCAUAAAUCAUGCUCAGAAAGAUCUUCCUGUGACGAUUUACGAAAGUGAGAUGCAUGUGAUUGAUGGAAUUCCACAACUGAUAUUUGUCAACUCAAGCUACACUAUUGAGACUGUAGAAGCUGAAAGGAUUUCAGUUGAUCAUGUUGCACACCUUAAGCCGUCUGAUGGAGGCUCUGCAGCCACCCAAUUGGCUGCUCAUCUUACCAGCAUACACAGUGCCAUCAAGAUGUUAAAUAGCAGAAUUAGGGUGCUUCAUCACUAUCUUGUAGCUAUGCAGAAAGGUGAAAUUCCGUACGAAAACUCCUUGCUUCGACAGGUAUCAAGCCUUCUGAGAAGAUUGCCAGCUAUUGAAUCUGAAAAGUUUCAAGAUGAUUUCCUAAUGGAAUACAGCGACACACUGCUGAUCACAUACCUCGCCAUGUUCACCAACUGCUCAAGUACAAUGAACGAGCUGGUAGAAAAAUUCAACACUGCAUAUGACAGGCACAGUCGAAGGGGUGGACGAACUGCCUUCAUCUAAUCUUCAGCCUGACCAAGUCUUUUUAUUUUGAGAAUGGCGACGCUAUUUUCUGCUUAUCGCCCGCAGCCUGCUGCACCUGGUGGUUCUAUUUACGUCUUCCCUCCGCCACAUAGAGUUUACAGUAGUUAGGAGUUACCUCUUUUGAAAACGAUGCUUCCUGCACUCUAGCUUUCGAAACAAACAGAACCAAAUGACACAUCGCCUCUUAUUUGGUUUUGCCGUAAAUUCUGACAUGCUCUUCGAUUGCCUGUUAUUUCGAAAUCUAGGGAUUUCGUCAUCUUUUCCCUUGCAUUGAGUGGGAUGCUCGCUAGUUAGUCUUUAUCCGUGGCACAAUCCCUUUAAGGAUGCUCACUAUAGUAUGAAUAUCAGUAUCAAAGUCGAUCUAAAAUGUUUCACUCGAAAUUUGCAGUCCGUUUUGCUGCAUUUAAGCAGUAUAGCUACAGAAUAAUUGAACUUAUGUCUUUAAGAUUUGAUCCGUAUGUUCCAACUUCGUUACGAAACUCAAUCAAAAUGUACGGAAGAAAGCACAGGUGCAAAUUAUUCCCUUAGUACACUCGUAUCUCCACAUUUCCUCCUCCCUUAAAGGGUGUAUAGCUUCUUCUUUAGUACUUCAUCAUUAUACAAUACACUUUAUAAUGAUCCCCCUUGCUCCCCUUUCCCCCACCCAAAUGAACAUGAAAAAGCAAACAAACAAUCCGAAGAAAGAAAAGGAAGACAGAUCGUUUGUUCGUUCAUGGCACGUACAUUUCCCAGACACAGAACACAGACAAAGAAAGAAAAGAGAUGCUCCUGCUUUAAAUAAAAACUUCACGGCUACCUGACUCGUCACUUCGCCCAUCCAUAUGAAAGCUCGAAAGCCAUCCCCAUUAGAGUACAGAGUUGCCCGUUCUCCUGGACGCGUUACGCUAUCAGUCAAACCCCACCCUUCUCCUGCGAUGUGAUGUGCCAGUGUCAUGCGGUGUUAACAGGGACCGGCUUCCCUCGUCCCAUGGCAAAUCCUCGGGUGCCAUCGGGCAUCCGGGGACCUGGUGGCGGUGGUUGCUUCACUGUCUGCUCGCACAUGGCUGCUGUGCUGCUCGAAGGUGCAGGCCCACCGACAUGGUUUGCUCCUCGACCGGUGUUGUGGUGGUGGGAGUGGCCUCGACCGCGUCCCUUGCCCCGUCCCCCUCUGCCCCGGCCUUUUCUCUGUACUGCGUCCUUGUCAUUGUUCAGAUUGUCCUCCGCCUGCACAUCAAGGCCAAUGGGGAGUAAGACAUCCGGUCUUUCUCUGUUCGUUAAGCAAUUCGCUAGGGAAAGAGAAAAAGAAAUCACUAGAGGAAGCUAACCCACGGCAUAUUGGCCAACCUACGUUGAACAGUUGGACUUCACUUCUACCCUAGUGCCAUUCCAACUAAACAUGGCAGUCAAGUGAACGCUUAGCUGGAAUGUAUUUAUGAACAGUGAUCUGAUUCAGUUGAUUAAUUCCGUUUGACCAUAAAUCUUGGUUGUCUAU